AUGUCCACUCGUUAUCUACUCGCCGGGCUUCUUGCCGGUGCCGCUGCUUCGCCAUUCGCUAAUAUCGAGUCACGAACACUACCCUUUGGCUCGCUCAUCUACAGUUGUACGGUGCCGAACACGGUCGCGCUGACAUUCGACGAUGGACCUUUCGACUACACCGAGCAUGUCCUCGAUCUGUUCGACCAAUAUGACGCGAAGGCCACCUUCUUUCUUAAUGGGCAUAACUGGGGAUACAUGACCGAUCGCCCCGAUACAGUCGUUCGAAUGAUUAACGAGGGUCACCAAGUCGGUUCUCACACAUGGAGCCACCCCGAUCUGGCACUACUCACUCCCGAGCAAGUCACCGACCAAAUGAUCGAACUCGAACACGCCUUCAUCGAAGUCAUCGGCAAGAUCCCCACGUACAUGCGCCCUCCUUUCUUCAGCUACAACAGCGAGACACUCCGCGUCCUCGGUGACCUCGGCUACCACGUCAUCCACGCCAACAUCGACACCCUCGACUGGUCCUUCCAAGACGUAUGUAAGAUCAACACGAGCAUCGAUCUUUUCGUCGAAGGCAUCACGAACGGCGGAUCGAUUGUCCUGGCUCACGACGUCCAUGCCCUUACGGCUUAUACCCUGGUUCCCGCUAUGCUUGAGGCGGUUAAGCUUCGUGGUCUUCGAGCUGUGACUGUCGGCGAAUGCCUUGGCGAUCCCCAAGCGAACUGGUACCGAGACAGCCGCGACGGCACUACCCCACCCGGCACCGGCGAACCCCAACCACCCACCGGAGGCGUGCAUCCCGAUGGCAUCUGCGGCGGACCAAACAAGUAUGUCUGCGGCGUCGAAGGCUACCCCUGUUGUUCAGCGUAUGGUUACUGCGGUUUUAGUAUCGACCAUUGCGGCGCAGGAUGCAAUCCCGAGUUCGGCACUUGCGGCUUUUCGUGA